AUGGCGUCGCGCGUCGUCGCGCGCGGGGCGUCGCGCGCGGGGAGUGGGCGCGUGGGGCGGGUCGGGCGGGCGCGGAUGUUCGCGCAUGGGGGGUGGGACGCGGACGCGACGUCGACGUCGACGUCGACGCGGGCGCGGAUGUUCGGACGCGCGCGCGGGACGGCGGCGCGGGCGAUUUCGGGACGCGGCGGCGGCGCGGCGGAUGGCGGCUCGGGCGACGGCGGCGGUGGAGGAGGUGAUGGCGACGACGACGAGGACGGGGGCGAGGACGGGGGCGAGGACGGGGACGACGACGACGUGUUGCUCCGCGAUUCGCGAACGAACGCGGAGGAGGUGAAGAGGAUGUGCGAGAAGAACGGGUUGGAAGUCCCGAGAGAUUUGCUCGACGCCGACGGAGGGACGAUGCGGACGAGUACGCUGGACCUGUACGUCAAAUAUUCAAAGAUUAGUAUUUUAGCCUUCCUGAUGAACACGUUUCCGGCGUUUCGGGAUCGCAUGCUGGCCGAUCCUCGGUUCGCGUUCAAGCUCUUCGUCGAGACCGGGGCGGACGCGGCGAUCAACACGGUGAUGGAGAUCAAACAACGUCGCGACACGUUUUGGGACGAGUUUGAGUUCUUUGCGUGCGAUCAAAUAUCAGCUUUCGCCGUGAACACGGCGAUCCUGACGAUUUGUUCGCCCGCCAUCGUUUUGGGAAACACCACGCGUUCGAUGCGCAAGCUCGGAGAGCUGAGCAAGAACGCCAACGGGUUGACAAAGGUUUGGUAUCAGGCGAGAAAGUACAUCGGCAAGCUGCCGGCGAACGUCUUCGCGCUCGAUCCCAAGCUUGGAUUCGCGAGUAAGAUUGUGCGCGGCGGCGCGUGCGUGGUGGCCCGAGGCGGGCAAAUAUUUUUCGUCUCCACCCUCUGCGGGAUAAUCGGACAGGCGACGGCGAACAGCCUGAUGAUGCUCAGACGCGCGGCGGGCAAGAACAAGUACAGCAAGGAGUACGCCGAAUCCAUCGACGAUUCGAUGGAUCCACCGGUUUUCGACACCGGUUUGCUGUGGGGGAGAUUCAUGUGCUUCUCUGCGAACGUCCGUCAGCAGCUCGUGAUUGGGGGCGAGCGCGCGGUGGAGCAGAUCGCGAGUGGGAUGCCCGGACCGGCUGGGCGAAGACUCGCGAACGCCUCGACAAUCGCGUUGCGGGUGGCAAACAACGUGAAGGGUGGAAGCGACUUCAAUGAUUUCGUGAUCUCACAGGCGAUCGCGGAGGCAGAGCGUAGAAACAGAUAG